UCGCUCCACUGGCGCUAUUUUUCACAUCGUCCUCGUGCAUUGCAUUUGUAUAUUUUUCGCCAUUCAACAUGUCUGAUAAAUCUACUCAGCAAUUUCGACGAAUAAUUGGACAAAAGCGAACGACAGCAUUGAGCUAUUUCACAAAGAGGGGAAAACAUGCCCCUGGUGAAACAAGAUCUAUCUUUCUCGCACGCAUGCGAGAAGAGUGGAGCAGGUUGGGGGAUGAGGAAAAAAAGGCAUUUAAAAAGGAUGCAGUGGUUUAUAAACAGCAGCCUCCUCAAAAUGAAGCAGAGAAGAUUGCAUACCUGAGGAGGGUGUUCUCUGAACUGAACAAAUUGACGGACUUCAUGAAGCAGCUGGGCUGGUCCUUUUACUAUAAAAUAACGACGGAGACUGACAUCAUGGAGUCUCCAGAAGGCCCAGCUGCUGCCUUGAACCCAGCCCCCAUACCCCCAACUCCCAUACCCCCAACCCCCAUAGCCCCAAGCCCCACACCAAGGCGACCAAAAGGGGAGAAGGAGGAGGAAAGGGCAAACCUGCGGCGAGAGGUUCAAAACCUCUUUAAUGAAUUGUAUGGCCAAGCCACAGGAAAUAGGGGAAAUUUCCCCUACAAAAGGCAUCACAUAAUGCCUGAGGUGGCUGUGACUGGUCUGCCGGAUGGUGUUCCUUUCAAGGAACCUUUUAGCUAUGGCUUGCCUGCGCUGAAAGCCAUACUUGCUCAGAAGAGCCAAAUAAAAAUGCACAUGGUUCAGGCAAGCCCAUUAGAAAAUCCGGCACCAGUCACUCCUGGAGAGAACACAACUGCUGCUGUCAGAGAAGUGUCUCUGUGCCAGCAGCUUACAGGCUCCGAUGCCUCCCUGUCCCCACAGGCGAAUGGCGAUGUCCCUGUUGUUAAAGCUGAAGAGGCAUUUGUGAAACAAGAGCAUUCUAUUGAUGAAAAGGUACCUCUGAAACAGGAAUACUCUAUUGCCGAAGAACUGCCUCUGAAAAAGGAACACUCUAUUGCUGAAGGGAUGCUUCUGAAAUUGGAACAAGCUAAUGCUGAAAGAGUUCUUCUGAAACAGGAACACUCUAGUGCUGAAGAAGUACUUAAAUGGGAACAUUCUAUUGCUGAAGAGGUACCUCUGAACACAGGAACAUGCUAUAAAAGAGAAAGAGGUGCUGAAAACAUUAUGGACCUAGCCCAACCCGAGCAAAAAUCUAAGCGUCGAGAUCAGGAUUAAGGCAAAAAGCUGGCAAGAAUCUUUUGUUAGUAAGAUUUGAUGGAAUGUCAGUUUACAACUGUUUCCUGCUACAUUUAGUUCGCCGUCCCUUUUCUGACUCACUGUAAAGUCACGUACACACUCGCCUCGGAUCACCACUAAGAAGGGGACAGAGGUAACAUGAAGUGACCAAGAACCAAAAUUGUGUGACAUCAUGUCAGUCCUGCAGAACAGGAAACAGAUGGCAGAGGCCUGCGUGGUGUCAGGGAAUAUGGAAACGAGUGUUGGAGUUUAAUAAACAAAACUCCAUCAUGCACAGUGGAAUUAAAGAACUGAUAAUUGACGACUUACAGAAAAAACUCCUGGAGGUGAAAAGGAGAAACCACGAUUUUGAAGAGAGAUUGAGGAGGAAUAAUUUGAUCUACCUUGGACUUGAGAGAAAAGAUAAUGAAAUGGCAGAAUGUAAACUUACUGUGCAACAAUUUAUGAUGGAAAAGCUAGGUUUGGCAUAAAAUGCUCAGUUUGAUCAAGUGCAUAUGCUCAGUGCUAAGAGGAAUUUUCCAAUUAUUGCAUAGUGUACUUUCUACAUGGACAAAAUCUGUAUUCUAAGAGCAGAAUCCAAACAGGCUUAAAAUUCUUAAUUGAC